AUGUCGGCAUCAAAGACUGCUGUCCCCUCCCGCUCACAUUUAACCUCCCUCAUGUACUCCUUGCCUGUCCGGCGUCUGAAAGAGAUACUUAGCCAUGUCGUCCCCGAUGCAUCACUCGGUGCUGUUGAACAGGUUGCAUCAACCCAGCUCCCAAGGCUUUAUAACCUCAACAUGUCAGACGAUCGGCAACUACUUCUGUCUUUUGCUCCCAGCCUAGCGGUCCGUUUGCUCAGACAAGAAGGGACGAUACUUUCCUCCGAGGCCAUACUGAUAUACUUCAUUUCUGCUUCGACCCGCAGUCUGAAAAUAGAAGGCUCCCCCAGUAGCGAGACCGAGAUUCCAAAUUCCACCUCGCUGCUAGAUGUGGUCCCGAAAAUCCUUAAACAUUCUUCGAAUAAUAGGGAAAUGGCAUAUCCCUACAGCAUCUUCGAACCCACAGCCGGCGCCCCAUUAUCUACCCUCUCAAUUUAUCUCAGCAUCCCAGAUCGCCGUGUCGUGGAUAAACAAGUUGGAUCCAUGGUUCGGGCCCUGGCUCUUCUCACUUCCCCCACUGGUACUUUCGGCACAGCCAGCCGGGUGCUUCCUGACCCAUUCAACGGGGCAUCAUCAACGGCGCCUCCAAUUGCCGGCUCGUCAACGUGGUCCGAAGCGUUCAACACACUGCUUGAGGGUAUUUUGCGAGACGGGGAGGACAUGGCUGUACUACUUCCUUAUGACACUAUCCGUAGCCAUUACCAACGGUUAUCGUUCCAUCUAGACACGGUUACCUUUCCUAGGCUGGUAGUUCUCGAUGCUAGCAGUGAAACGAAUGUCAUGGUUGAAAGAACAGCGGAAGAGCCGUCCUUAGGGAGUUCAAGUACAGGCGCUAAGUUCACAGGGCUGAGAAGUUGGAGCCAGGGGGUUUUCGGCGAUCCAUUACUAUGCGAAGCAUUCGAGGACCCUAGCGAGGGCUUCCUAGAAGGAUGGCAAGAAGGCGGAGAAGAUGAGACUGGAGAUGAAGUCAAUUUAGAGAUCCGGUCGUUAUUUUAUCGAUGUUACAGAGCCAGUGUUGGCGUAGUGACUCAAUAUUACAGGCCGCAGGUGGAUAGUAGCAGGAGAGAGCUUGAGGCUCGGAGGAAGUUGACGAACGUGUUGGCGGAGCUUGCGAGGGUGGAGGCCGCGGAGACCAGCUUAUUGAAAAGGCCACGAAGUCCAUCCGGGGAGGCUGAGAGCGCGAAAAGAUUAAAAUGCUAA